AUGACUUUAAAAGAGAAAUUAGCCCUAUUAAAAACUGAAUUCACCAAUUUAAAAACCAAGAUUACCACUAAAUUAACCCACAAAGAACAAGUGAUUACUGAAAAAAAUACUAAAUUAACUGAAUCUAAUCGUAAAUUAGAAACU